GCGUCUGGCGAGGACGUUGCUCGUGGUAUCCACGUCAUGUCCGACACGGCAGGCGAGGAAGCGGCGGGCGCCAGCCGGCCCUCCAGCAGGGAGGUGGUCUCUGUGGCGCUGAAGGUGGGACGCCGCACCGAGCUCAAGAAGCUGUGGGCGUCGCAGCCGCUGGACGCCACCGUCGCCGAGCUGUGCGGCGAGUUCGGCCUGGACCCAAACCCGCGCAAGUACGCGCUCCGGCUGGUCGCCAGCGAGGAGGACGAGCGGCGCAACCGCUACCUGGGCGAGGACAGCCGCGGCGAGAUCCGCGACGGCUGCAUCCUGAGCCUCGUGCACUCGCCCGAGCAGGAGGUAAAGAUCAUACUCCGGAGGCUAGUUUCCAAGGACGAACGGCAGUGGGCUCUAGAGCGAACGUCCGUCUACACCUGCGACCCGAUCUUCUCCAAGGAGUUCGUGUCCUGCGGUGGGCUCUUCGUGCUGUGCGACCUGAUCGCCGAUCUCUCCGUCCCGCUCGAGGAGAUCGCCCUGUGCCUCGGUAGCGUGCUCGACAUCCUGACCUUGAAGUUGGCGCCCUCCCUCAGCAUGGGGGCAAUCACCCGAAUGAUGAGCUUCGCCACGAGUGAAAACCCGCUCGACAGCAGGGUCGUCGAGGACUCGCUGGCCAUCCUCAGGGCCAUCAUGGUCCGGAAGCGUGUCGACGACGAGGAGAGCUCGCUCAUCGAGAAGAACCUCUCCAUGUCAGACCUCGUGCACAACGUCUGGAACCGGGACCAUCCCGAGAUCCAGCGACGGGCGCUAGCGGUCAUCAACGCCCUGGCCGAAGGGGAGAACUCCAAAAGGAUCCUGCAGUCCAUGGCGUCGAACAAGUACCGAGAGACCGUGUACCGGAAUGUCAUCCAGAGCUCUGAAGUCAGCGAGUCGAUGGCUCAUGAGCUCCAUGUGUACCAGAACCUGGUGCUAAACCUCCAGGAGUACAAGCUGAAUACGAUAGUUGACCCUUCAGGGGAGGACCACAAGAAGGUGCUCGAGUUGAAGUCCAUCAUCAGCAGGGUGGAGGCAGACCUGAAUAGUCUGGCGUACAGGGAGCCGGAGAGCCUGUCCGUGCCUGAUGUGCCGCAGGCGCGCUACAGCUGUGCCCCUCGCGUGGAGAGCGACCCUAAGUGCAUCGAGGCCGAAGGCUGGCCCGAGAAGACGUUCCCGAGGAGCAUGUCCACCACGAACUUUGAGGAUUACUUCAGCACAUCCGGUCUGGUCCCCAGCUCCAUCUGCAAGAUCACACUGGAUUUCAUGCUGUACUUCCCUAAAAGGUACACCAAGUCGUUCGCGCGCCUGAUGCUGGAGGAGACGUCGCUGUCGCACUCGUUCCCGGCGACGUGCGACCGGCUGGCGCGGCUGGUGUGCGACGUGACGGGCGUGGGCCGGGCCCCGCGCAAGGACGGCAGCCUCUUCCAGCCGAUGGUGUUCGCCGCCAAGCCGGGGCUGCACCUGCUGGAGGAGCUCUUCUGCCGCUCCGUGCCGCUGCUGGGGCGCACCAGGCGGGAGAUGCGCGCCAGGACCGUCGAGGACGAGGACAAGGUGUUCCCCGUGCUGCGGCGGCAGCUCCAGCAGGCGCUGCGCUCCAGGCCGCAGUCCCUGGAGAAGCUGGACGAGGCCUUGCACGACCAGUCCUACCACUCGGUGGCCGCCGCCUGGGAGCAGGAGCGCGCCGACCGCGAGCAGUGGGUCGUCGCGCGCUGCCCCUCCGUGCAGGAGCUCAAGGCGUCUCGGCGGCAGGACCUGCUCGAGCUCGUCAAGGAGCAGAGGAUCGGGCUGCUCAAGGACGGCGCGGACUUCCCGCUCUACAACUCCAGGGGGCAGAGGGAGAAGAAGAAGCUGCGGCACGUGUACCUGACCAGCAACCAGAAGACGCUCAUCUACCGCGACUACGACGAGAGCAGCUCGAGCCAGGGCAAGCUGCAGAAGGUGCAACUCACGAGCGUCGCCAGCCUGGUGACGGGCAAGAGGUGCCCGCACCUAAGGGAGGUCAGGCAGAGGAAGAUGGACACGGACCUGGUGGAGCUGUCCUUCUCGCUGCUGCUGGAGGAAGACCCGCCGUCCUUGGACCUCGUGGCGCCCAACAGGCAGACCUUCGACAGCUGGGUCGACGGCCUCAACGCCCUCCUAGGUCGGGAGAUGACCAGCGCCACGAUGCUCGCCGACCUCGAGGUCCUGACCGACAUGGAGGUGCGACUGCUGCUGCUCGAGUUGCAAGGGAUGAACAUCCCCUUCAAGCCUCCGCCCGUACCGCCGCCCCCGCUCUGCUACCCUUUCGACGACGAGUCUGCCGCCUGAGCCAGCCCUAUCCCCUCCUCGAGUUCCACCAUCCCACCGCCAGGACGGGAAGCCUUAUUUUCACAGACGAGAGAGUCUAACUCCCGGUCGUGCAUCUUCGGGUUUUUUUUUUUGUUCACUGUAAAUAAAUAUGGCGGUGUUAAUGAAAGGAUACUAAUGGUCAAUUAGGUUAGGUUAGCUACAUUAUAAAUACUUUAAAACAUUGUUGACGGUGGAUUUUGUUAGGAUAGCUACAUUAAAGAUACGGGAAAAAAACAUGAACUUCGGGGAACUUCGGGUUUUGACUCUCUCAUCUGUGAAAAGAAGGCUUCCCCCGCCAGGAUAAUCAGCGUUCGUGUGCGGUGCUGCCAUCGGAAGCUGCGAACCAAAGGGAAACGUUGUGAUAUUAACUUUUUGAUGAAUUUUUAACACUUCCAAAUUCGGGGCAUUCUAGUAUAUAUAUAUAUAUUUUUUUUUCAAGACAUUUUUUUUUUUUCGUUUUCAUUGAAGCCGUUUCAUUAUAAUACCUAUGUAUUUUAAAAUUUCUGUCUUACAAAAUCAGAUGAUUCGAUAGUCGACGACGCAGCUGCUCCGGCAGCGAAUUCUAGCGGCGUGCGCGGGAACUACGCGCGAUUCGCGUCCGGAAAUUCAGUUCAAAAAUACAAAACAAAAAAAAAAUUCGCGUUAUUUAUCGCGCUUGGCUUUAUUUUAAGGAGUUCUACGUUGAAUUUUUGUGUCCCGAAUUUUCGCGUUACGUGCCGAGAACACGCGAAAUUGUUUCUUCGCCCGAGGUUCAGAUGUUUGCAAAUCUCUGGCGAGUGGUGAACUUCGGGAAUGUUCGGGGUUGGUCGUUAGUCAGCGAGUCUUGCGUGGCGUCUAGACUUUCAUUGAAGCCGACCUCCCUGGCGAAGUUGCAUUUACGCCGGCUUUCGGCGUGAAGGUCCUGGGUUCGGGACCUUGCUCAAACACGGGCAUCCAUUUGUAUCACGCGCAGGUUUCACCCCGUGAGCUUAACUUCUUCAGUCACUCUUUGUCAGUUCCUAAGAAAUUUAAAUUUUUUAUAGUAACUAAGCUUUUUUUUGUAUUUUUUGUGUUUUAAUAAUCUUACGCGGUAAUUAUAAUAAUGAAAUCAUUUUUAAAUAAAAAAUAAAAGUAAAAUAAAAUAUAUUUCUUUCGUGGCCAUAAAUUAUGUUGUCCACUAGAAUGCAAGUAAACUUUAACCCACACAUUCAAAGUUUGAUGAACUCCGUGUAUCAUUGAAAUAUAAAUUGUUAGGAAGAUUAAUAUAAUAAUAGGUACUUAACCACGAUAAUUCUUUAAAAAAAAACUCUUUUUUGAUAGCUUUUGACUACUUGUUAGCAAAAUGUGUAAUAAGCAACGAGAAUUUUUUCUUUAAAUUGCUAUUUGUUUACGUGACUAACUUUACUAAUUACGACUUUUAAAUUACAUCACAGUAUUCUCAUGAGAGGUUUUUAUUUUUUAAUAGCUACAUGUUAACCAAAUAUACAAAAAAUUGCAUAUAUUAUUUAUCUUCCAAAAAUCUUAAAACAAAAAAAAAUCAUUAUUUUUACAGUAAGUAAGUAAGUAAGAUUUUAAGAUUUUCCAGAACUAUAAAAUUUGUUUUGUUCAACAAAUAAUUGACAAAAUUAGGAAAUAAUAUUAAUUUUAAUAAUUGAGCAUUUUAAGAGUUAUUAAAAUUGAUUAGUAAUUUCUACAAGAACUCAAACAUUAUCAUCUUAACUCUACUGAUGGUAUUAAACUUUUGGUGGAACCCGUUAAUUGGUAACAACGAUGUCAAAAUAAACGGAACUCAGAUUAUGGCAACGCAAACAUAUCAUAAAAUAGAGAUGGUUGUCUGGUUGUGGUGAAAAUUGCAAAUUGUAAGCAAUUAUUAACGAUUUAUUGAUGAAAAGUUGUCUUACGUGUUUCUGUUACUGUGUAACGUCUGAAGGCUAGUCCCACUGUUUUUUUUUUAUUUUUAAUAAAUCUGUUAAAGUUUGUUCUCCUUUGAAAAUGAA